AUGACGCAGGACGCGUCGGCGCGUCCCAAGAGCCCGAAGAGUCCGAAGAACCUGGAGCUGUUCGGCAAGUUGCACUUGGGCAUGGACCACGUUCUAUCCAAGCUGCUGCCGGACGCGCCACCGCUCCCGGAUGCGCUCAAACUGCAGACCGAGACGCAGUCGGUCGCCACGACGUGGGUGCAGAUCACUGAGGUGUUCGAGAAGCGCAAAACGAUGCUGCAACGUCGUAAGGAGAAAAGCAAGAGCAAAAGCAAGAAUUCUGCCACCAAAACGAAGAAGAAACUCAAAGAAAAAGAGCCCGAGAAAAGAUCAACGACUAAAACAACAAAGAAGAGCAAAAGCCGCAGCUCGAGCGCGUCUCCACGCAGUGCAAAGAGCUCCGAAAAGGUCAAAACGACCAAGAAAGCCUCCAGCAAGAAAUCGAUCCGUUCAAAGACAGAGAGCGACGUUGCAGAGGUGAAAUCGGAGGAGCAGCUGAGCUCAUACGACAAAUCUGUGCUCAAAAGGCUCCGCAAGCUGCCGAUGUGUCAGAACGUGGAGGUGGGCACCAAUAAGUACAGGGCGAUAGCCAUGUGGAUGGAGCUGGACAAGGGUAAGAACUCUGCCACCUCUGCGAACUUGAUGGAGUUGCUGACCAAACUGCAACUUGAAGCAGCGUCGGGCAAGCAGAACAAACCAAAACUGAGUCGCAAACGCUCGCCGGAGUCGUUGGAUGAUGCGCUGCGAGCGGAGAAGAGCAGCAAGCGGAAGGCGUUGGCGAGAGAGCGGAGACGGAGCAGACAGGAGUCGUUCGUGGAUGAAGAUGAGGUUGUCUACGAGUCUGGAGACGAGGAAGAGGAGGCGGAGUACAAAGGAGGAUACUCCGAUUCAGAUGAAGCAGAAUUUAUGCCCGAGUUGGAGAACAGUCCACCGCCGGAAAGGCUCAAGAAGCGCAGGACGUCGAAGAAGCAGAAGCAGGAAGCAGUCAAGCAAGAGAAGACUGCGGCGGAUACGACGCAACUUUCCUCCAAGGACCAGCUAGCUGCAGUAGUAGCGAAGAUCCGGGCAGACGAUGUGGUCUCAGGGAAGACGGACCCCAAGUAUUUAUCCUACGAGAAGAAAGGCGCGCCUGGCUCUUCUUCGGUCUCUGCGAUCGAGUUGGAUGAUAGCGAGGAGGAGGAAGAAGGAGAGGAGCAAGAAGAAGAAGAAGAAGAAGAAGAAGAGACCAAGGGUCAGGACUCGUCCACUGACGACGAGAAUGGCAUGUUCGACCUGAACGAGGAAGACGUGUAUAUCGUCGAGGCAAUUUUAUGCGUCAAGGAAGGACGAUCCAUCAUGUCGGCGGGACGACGUCAGCAGAAGGAGAUGGAUCUGUACCUCGUCAAGUGGGAUGGCUACAACGAGCUCACGUGGGAGCCGGAGGAGAACAUCCCGCAGCGCCUCAUUGAGAUGUUCCGAGAGCGCGAACGUGCCAAGCGAGCGUGUCAGUACCAGAUCAAGGUGGCGCAUGAACGCCGAGAGGUGAUCAACGUGACGACGCAACAGAGAGAAGUGCUGUACAUGAUCCAGUGGAUCAACCAGGAGAGCGCCGUGUGGGAAUCGCGGUCGACGCUCCCAAGCAAGACGCAAGUGUGGCUGGACAAGGUGCUGGGGGCGCCUGCUGCCAAGAAGCGCCGAGAGACGAAAGUCGUCAAGCAGUAUAUCUAUCACUAG